GCUCAUCACAAUAUCAAAUAUGUCUUCGCCAUCAGCUCUCCUCACUACGCACGUUCACAGCAACCAGAUUCAGGUGCUGUCAGUCGCAAGACUCGCCAUCGGUGGUGUUGCUUUCUUUGCACCCGCAUUUUUCACCCAGAGAUUCUUUGGCUUCACCCAGCGAACGAGCUCUGGCUCUUCCGCGACCGCCUCGACUACAUCUACCAAGGCCGGCUCGCCCGAGGAGACUACCCUCGCAAUCCGCCUCUUUGCCACUCGUGAGGUCGUCUUCGGUCUCUUGCUCCGUGACUCGUCCUCCUCGGUCGUCGAGCGCGCCCUCCAAGUCGGUCUGAUCAACUCUGUUCUCGACAUUGGCGCGACCGUCUUUGGCUUCGUCGAGGGAAACCUGUCGCGCGAGAUUGCCACCGCCGUCGGAGGCUUCGCUGCUCUCUCGGCGCUCUUCCAGGCAUACAUCCUCAACCGAUAGAUGUCUGAUCGUGACGCAAGGAGCACUCGAUCGAAUUAAAGUCGUGUCGACCCCGGGCGCAAUGUCUUAUUGAAUGCAACACGAAGCUGUUCCGCAC